AUGCGAGUGGAGGACAUGGAGCAAUACUCCAGAUGUAACUGUCUGGAGAUCCAAGGCAUCCCUGUAACUCCUGCGGAAGAUGUCCUAGGGAUUGUCAAGGAAGUCGGCAAGGCUCUGGACGUGCAGAUCUCGGACGCUAUGGUGGACGCUUGCCACAGGCUUGGGAGGCAAACCGGAGACAACCCACCGGGAAUCAUUGUAAAAUUUGUGCGGAGGUUUGACAAGGAGGCACUCCUGAAGAAGAGGCGCGUGAAGAGGACGUUGUCAACCAGACACAUCGGAAGGAGCGACGAUCGGCCGAUUUACGUGAACGAGUCCCUGUCCCCUGCCCGACGGAGGUUGUACGCCAUGGCGAGAAGGGUCCAGAAGGAGAAGGACUUCAAGUUCCUGUGGGUAAGGAACGGGAAAAUCUUUCUCAGGAAGGAAGAGAACUCGCCUAUAAAAGUCAUCACCAGCCAAGACGACCUUCAAUGA